CCGCAUUCCGAACCUCCACCAUGCCCCCUCUCCCCUCCGCCACCCAUGCCCUAACAAACCGCCUGAACGCCCUCUCCGAAUCGAACAAAGCAAUCCUCCAGCUCAUCCAACGCUUAGCGAAAUUAGACUUCCAGCCCGGAUCGCAGCCGCUGAACGACGAGGAGGGCGAUGUCCGAAUAGAACUUUCUGCGGAGAUACACGAGAGCUUGAAGCAAAUCGAGGAGGAGCUUGAGUUGCUAAGGCAGGAAGUUGAGGACGUUGUUCAGGGUAUCGGAACAACUGCGAGACGGAGAGAUAGUACGAGGGAGAGUGAGAGAUCACGACUUGCGGUGCUACUAGCAAGGUUGACAGAGGAUUUAAGAUCCUCCCGGAGUCAAUACCGCAAAGCCCAACUUACCGCCAAACACAACGCCGAUCGCGCCAAACUCAAAGAACGCGAACUUCUCUUCUCGAGCCUACAAUCCGGUUCUUCUACCCCAUCGUCUACCCACCGUCGUAGAAAUAAUCCCCAACUCCCUGAAGGCGAGAUCGUCACACAGGUAUCGUCGGAUGUGACAGCGGCCCUUCGGAGAACACACCAGUUGAUGCAAAGCGAGCUUUCGCGUUCAAGAUUCGCACAAGAAACGCUCGAGCAGUCUACCGCUGCCCUCGCAGACCUUGGAGAGAAGUACUCGGAUCUGAAUACUCUGCUUGCGAGCAGCAAGACUUUGGUCACAACACUUUUCAAGAGCACCAAGAGUGACACGUGGUAUCUUGAGACUACCUUCUACAUACUCAUCACAACAGUCAUCUGGCUGAUCUUCCGCCGCUGGUUCUACGGACCACUUUCGUGGUUUAUCAUUUGGCCCCUCAAGGUCCUUUUCCGCGUCCUAUUCGCUAUCGUCGGCAUCUCCUCUAGCGCAACCGCGAAAUCAAGCGUCGCCGCACCAUCACAACCCUCAACAAGCCUCAUCGUCAAACCUAGCGCGACAGGCGAGAUACCCAAACGCCCGAUCGGCAAUAACAAACCGCACUACGUACGUGUCGGAGGCGGCGGCAGGGGCUACAUGCAAGAUCCUAGCCCACCGCAAUCACUAUCACAACAAGUCGGACAAAUGGCGGAACAAAAUCAACAGCAGCAGAAUGUAGAGGAGCAUCCUCAGUUGAGGGAGCAGAAUCAGCAGGGUGAGAACAACGGGCCAGUGGUCAGAGGUGACGGCACCGUGCUGCAGGAAUCAGAUCGCCCGCGGAAUCCGAAGAAACGGAUCUGGGAAGAGAAUGUAGAGAGUGCGAAGUUUGAGGAGAAGCAGAGGGAAGCGGAGCAGGAGCUGCUGCAGUCACAGGCAGAAGCGGAGGGAAAGGUGCGUAGGAAGAGGGAUGAGCUGUGAGUCUCCUUCCGGGUGAGGCAGCGCUAUGUCUAUAGCUAUAUCCUAUGAGUCCAUGAUUAUCAAGUUCGUGCAUGUGCUUUAAAGUUCAUUAUUCUCUUUUUUUGCUCUAGAGUUGAUAGCCUUCAGACUCCGCGGGCACACUUCUGCUUUUAGCACUUACUUUUUUUAUUGCUCUCCUCCGCUUUCCCUGCUAAGCCCACGUUUUUCAUCUUA